GAAAGAACCUUUGUCCAAGAGAUAGAUGUAGUCAGCUUAGAAGCAAGCAUUUGCGGGGUGGCAACGGCAACAUGCCGAGCCCCCCGACCGCCAGAUGGCAAGCGAUGCUUUUCACUGAAUGCUCACCAAAAGCUGGCCAUUCUUUUUGGCCAGCGCGUGGAUGGGUAGCAUUUCCAGGACCGCUACACAAGACAAAAAGAUGCCGCAGGAGGAGGAUGCCGUGAGCUUGAUGGUAGGUGCUUGGAGCUAUUAGGUACGACAGCAUUUCACCUGCUUCGUUUCUUUAAACUCACUUCUCCUCGUCGUUCGCCAUUGUAUGUUGCCCAUCAUGUUUAUACCAAAACCGCAACUGAUAUCCGAGCUGUCCCUCGACGCCCCCAGCCCUCCUGUGGUCAACAUUCCGCGUGAAAUUCGACGUUCCAUCAAGGUCAACGAGUUCUAUAGCAAAGCCUUGGAUGAACACGGACCCGUCAUCGUUGUUCCUAGACACGGCCGCAAUGAGUAUGUCAUUGAUCAUCGAUACGCCCAUCAGGUUCUUACCGACACCAAGAACUUCACCUUUGAGAAGGCCGUCUUCGAAUUGCUGCACCUGGGCUUCCUGGCGCUUUUCGACAACGGUGCUUUCGUUCACGAUGUCGACAGCCUGGUCGAGAAGAACGUGCAGCCGCGCAUGAAUGCCAUGAUCGACGAGCUGUUCCCCGUCUUUCAGGACUAUUUUCACCGUUUGGCGGACGAGCUACCGGCUGGCAGCAAGACAUAUAGCGAGUUUCCAGACAUCUUCCAUCGCAUACAGCUCGCCGUUGGCCACGCCAUGGUCGUCAUGAUUCUGGGACAAGCACAUGCUUCCUCAGUUGUCGCAGCUCACUUUUCUGCGGUAGCUGUUGCAAUGGCCAACAUGACGGGAAUGCACGAGAAUACGGACGAGUGGACUCGACUGCCAUGGCUGUGGGUCAUCAUCAAUGGCUUUUCAGCCAUAUUUUUCACCAUCAUCCCGAGAUUCUUCUUCCAGGUGGUGCCCAUGCUGUGGAAAGCACGGCAUGAGCAUCUUCAAAACGGCCUGGCAGCGCGUCACGGCGAAUUUGUUCCCCUCUUUGAUAUUCUGCUCACGAAACACUACCAUGGGAAGACCGGUCUGUCAGCGCUUGCCGGCUUCUUUCGCUGUCUCAUCCUGUGCGUGGGCAUCAUCUUCGCUUCCAUCCAUCAGACUGUGGUUGCUGGCUCAUGGGUCCUGAUCAAACUGGCGCAGAAGCAGGACGAAUACCUGCCUGCGAUCCGCCAAGAAUGGGAGUCAGUCAACCCGCCGGGCGAGAGCCUCAAUGUCAAGAAGCUUAGCCAGCUCACGCUGCUCGACUCCUUCAUCCGCGAGGUCCUGCGCACCAAAGGCGACAGCUGGGGUCCGGUGCGGCAGACAACGCAGCCGGUCCGUGUCGGUCCCUACCUGCUGCCCAAGAAUGCCAUGUGCAUUGUUCUCAUCUCUCGUGCACAUCAGCACCCGGACAAUUACGGCGAUGCAGGCACCGUCUUCGAUGGCUUCCAGUGGCAGAAACAAGAGCGAGCUGCGGUGCAAGGCAAUCCCGAAUUCCUGACCUUUGGAUUGGGCCGGUGGGCCUGCCCUGGCCGCCAGCUGGCUAUUCACGAGAUUAAAAUCGUGCUCUACAUUUUCUUCUCACAGUUCGACAUCAAACUCAAGGCUAACACUUUCCAUGUUCGAAACACUAUCAAUACUACUUCGGUUGCGCCAGAAGCUACCUUGUUGCUGCGGCGAAGACAGGAUAUGCCUAUCAGCUAGUUAGAUUUCCUGGAGAAGGGUAAGUUGUGAGGGGUUAUCCACUUCCGCUUUUGAUGUCGGGCUGAGAUCUACAUGUGCCAAGAGCUGGAUAUAACAUACGUGCAAGCUUGUUAGCACUCGUAUGAGAGAGAACAGAAGAGUAUGGAACCGGAACAUGUCUUGCUUGUUGUUUUAGAUGAACUUUAUCAUUCGGUUUGCAUACACAUAGGAAAUGCAACUAUUGACAUGUGCACUGUAAUAUCUCAUUACGCGUCCCAGGACGUGUACAAAAUUACAUGCUGUCGGUCCCAAUAUCCCAUUGAUCCAGGGAAUGAUAACUGUGCCUCAUCACGGCACAAAGUUAUCCUAGCGAUGAACCAAUAUUGUCAGUACAGGCGACAACUAAUGUUAGAAGAUACCAUGAUUCAUCCC